AUGACUGUGAACGCUCGUGAAAUACACGACGUUAUGGCUAUAUUGAUAGAUGAUUGUUUAAUUGUAUUUAUGGAAGAUGUUUUAAAUGAAUCAACAGCUGAUGAUGAAAACUUUAUGAACUAUUGGGCAACAUCAGUAUACGUGAAAAGUUUUCCCAACAAUUUGCAGGAAAGAUUGGCGAAGCAUGAUACCGACGUUACUGAAUAUACAAAAAAUGCAUUUAUAAUUGAUAAAGAUAUUCAGCAACGAUUAAAUCCAAGUGCAAGAGAGCGGUUAGAUCGAAUCGAAUUUUACAGACUUCAUCAUCCGUAUUGCAACACAAAUAUGGAAACAACAACAAAUAUACUGGUUGAUUCAAAAAAACGAAAAAUACAAUCAUCAGGUCAAUUUUUGCCAAGAUCAGAAGUGUCGAAUCAUAAGGAAGAAUAUGAGGCUUCACCGUCAUUAUUAUCUGAACAACAUCAGCCAUCUGCCGAUGACAAGGCAACAGUAGCCACAUUGAUGCCAAUCAUCCAGUCACCUACCAGCCUAAGAUAA